UAAACCUGUUUAUUCCUGGUAAGAGCCAGAACUCAGAGAAGCGUUUGCUCUACCUACUCGGCCCCAAAAGGCACCUCGGUUUGGGGAAAGACCUAGUCCAGGACAGAGCCUCAAACUUCAAGAAACAAUAUCUCUGUAAUUACAGGCACCAAUUAAGGGAUUUUCUGAUUUCUUACCUGCCAGAGAAUGAAACAUUCUUUGGAAAAUAUAACAUUUCUAACCUAGUUUGGACUUUUUUUUUUUUAUCACACUUUCCUUUUUUUAUUGCUUGAAGAGAGAAGUUUUAUUUAAACUCUGGCGUUCCCCAGACUCCAGGGUACUGAUGGAAGGUUCUCCCCAGAAGGCCUUUUUUUUCACACAUCAAAUCAGGAUCUAACACAUGCAUUUGGUCCUCUGGCAAAACCGAUUGAAAUUUCCUAACUUGUGACAGGGGAGAGAAAAUGACUGUCCACGGAGACUCUAACUUCCUCUGGCAGUCACAUCAUCCACGAUGGCAUGCGGAAUCUCAUGUAGAAUGGAGAAGAAAACAAAAACGAACAAAUGAACACCCACUCACUUGGACUCAUGCAACAAUAUAUUCAAACUCUUUAUUGCAUAGGCAUUGUUGGAGAAGGAAUUGGUUUCUCCUGCCUCUGCUCAUAGUCUGUUAUUUACCAUGUGAGGCUUGGGGUGCUACUUUCAAGAUUGCCUUGGUGGGACCCUGGAAAUGUGACCCCAUGUACUCAAAAGCCCUGCCUGACUUGGCUGCCCGACUAGCUAUGGCCCGCAUCAACAAAGACCCCCACCUUAAUAAAGGAUACUGGUAUGAUUACACUUUGAUCAAUGAAGACUGUCAGACUUCCAGGGCUUUGGCCCGCUUCAUUGAGUUGGAAGGGUAUGGCUCUGCUUUUCUUGGGCCAGCCAACCCAGGAUACUGCACCUCUGCUGCUCUUCUGGCCAAAAACUGGAAUGCGGGCAUCCUGUCAUGGGCUUGCCUGAAAGCCAACAUGGAUGAUAGGACACAUCCAACAUUCCUACGGCCUCUGCCACUUUCCUCCCGGGUGCUGUUUGCAGUACUGCGCUUCUUUCACUGGGCACAUGUAGCCAUUGUGUCAGAGCAAACUGACAUAUGGGAGGCAACUGGGCUGGAACUUGCUGCAUCACUGCGUACCCUUGGCUUACCUGUCAGCACUGUGAUCUCCAUGAAGACGGAUGACAAUGGGCCCCGAAAAGCCCUGGAGAAAAUCAGAAACGCAGAUCGUGUGAGAGUGGUCAUCAUGUGCAUGCACUCGGUUCUUAUGGGUGGACAGGCUCAAUACCAGCUACUAACUACAGCAAUGCAUAUGCGUAUGAUAGAUCGUGGUUACAUCUUCAUGACAUAUGACACCCUACUCUAUGCUCUGCCGUAUAAAAAUGUGACCUACUCUGUACUCGCUAAUGACACCCAAUUGCGGCGGGCGUACGACGGAGUCCUCACCAUCACCAUGGACCAAGGACAGCAGAACUUCUACGAAGCUUUCAGAGAAGCCCAAAGCAACUAUGAGAUUCGCAGCAGUGCAGAGCCUGAUCAAGUCUCCCCGUUCUUUGGCACCAUCUACAACAUGCUAUACUACGCAGCAAUGGCAACAGAAUUAAGUAGGUUGGCCGGAGGAGGCCGAUGGGUGACAGGUGAAGCUCUGGCUCAGAACGAUGGCGGCUUCAAGUUCAAAGGCUUCAAUCAAGCCAUCUCGGCAGGCAGCGACGGCGAGGGCAUGCAGGCAAGCUAUGUGGUGCUGGACACAGAUGGCACUGGGGCCAGCCUCCAGAGAACUCACAUCCUGGAGGCACCACACACAUAUGGGAAAGUUGGUGCACUCAAGUACAUGGGGAAAUCCAUCCACUUUGCAGGUGCUUCACCCAGCACUGACCCCAACUGCUGGUUCAGCAGCUACGUGGCCUGCAGUGGCGGAAUGGAUGGAGUGACUUUCUUUUUCCUUUGUCUCCUUUUCUGUGCUUUAAUUGCUGCAAGUGUUUUCCUCUACCAUGUAAAAAUGACGGGACAACUCACUGUGUUGGGAGGGUUUGGAGGGGGAGGUAUGUCAACCCCCCCUAAGAUUGUGCUCACACUGGAUGACCUGGUCUUUAUUAACACACAACUGAGCAAGAGGAAGCUAAAUGAAGACAGUAUGAUGAAGAGUCAGUUAGACGAGAAAACCCCUCAUCACUCGGUCUCAGGAAGAAGCUACUUCACAUCCACCCCUGAAAUCUCCAAUGUGGCUGUAUUUGAGGGUGACUGGGUUUGGUUGAAGAAAUGCCAAAAUGGAGAAACAGUCACAGAGAUCAGUGACAGCACACAAGCCAUCUUCAUUAAGCUGAGGGACAUGCGUCAGGAGAACUUAAACCUGUUCCUGGGACUGUUUCUGGACUCGGGGUUAUUCGGCAUUGUGACCGAACAUUGCACCAGAGGCAGCCUGGAGGAUCUACUUAAUAAUGAAGAAAUGAGACUCGACUGGAUGUUCAAAUCUUCCCUGCUUAUGGACCUGAUCAGGGGAAUGAAGUAUCUGCAUAAUCGGGGUGUCAUUCAUGGACGUCUGAAGUCUCGAAAUUGCGUGGUAGAUGGCCGGUUCGUUCUCAAGGUGACAGAUUAUGGUUUGAACAAAAUCCUGAGCUCCCUAAACGUCACCCAGGAUGACAGCAAACCAGAGGAUCAGCUGUGGACAGCCCCAGAACUCUUGAGGAGGAGCAUGAGCGUGUUGAACGAUGGCACGAACAAGGGCGACGUCUACAGCUUUGCCAUCAUCAUGCAGGAGGUCAUCUCUCGCUCGGCUCCCUUCUGCAUGCUGGACAUGCCUGCAAAAGAGAUCGUAGAUAGGGUACGCAAUCCUCCUCCGCUCUGUCGACCCUCUGUCUCAGUGGACGAAGCUCCACUGGAGGUCAUUCAGAUCAUGAAGCAGGCCUGGAGCGAAGAUCCAGAACAGAGGCCCUCGUUCGAGGAGAUCUUUAAACAGUUUAAGACCAUCAGUAAAGGUAAAAAGACCAACAUAAUUGACUCGAUGCUGCGCAUGCUGGAGCAGUACUCCACCAAUCUGGAGGACUUGAUCCGUGAGAGGACUGAGGAGCUGGAAGUCGAGAGACAGAAAACGGAUGCUCUUGUGGCCCAGAUGCUGCCAAAGUCUGUUGCUCUGGCUCUAAAGAAAGGGAAGCCGGUAACACCAGAGCAUUUUGCUGAGGCAACGCUGUACUUCAGUGACAUUGUGGGCUUUACCACCAUCUCAUCCCUGAGCGAACCCAUUGAAGUGGUGGACCUCCUAAACGACCUCUAUACGCUUUUUGACUCUAUCAUUGGCAUGCAUGAUGUCUACAAGGUCGAGACCAUCGGUGAUGCGUACAUGGUGGCGUCGGGGGUUCCAACACGCAACGGCAACCGGCACGCAGCCGAGAUGGCCAACAUGUCUCUGGACAUCCUGUCCUGCAUCGGCACGUUCAAAAUGAGGCACAUGCCCAGCGUCAAAGUCAAAAUCCGUAUUGGACUUCAUUCUGGUCCAGUAGUAGCUGGAGUGGUCGGGUUGACGAUGCCCAGGUAUUGUCUGUUCGGAGACACAGUCAACACAGCGUCUCGAAUGGAAUCCACAGGGUUGCCUUACAGAAUCCACGUCAACGAAAGCACAGUCGACAUCCUCAGAGACCUCAAACUUGGAUACCAGAUAACGUCGAGGGGCAAAACGGAACUUAAGGGUAAAGGAGUUGAGGAGACGUUUUGGUUAGUUGGGAGGGAUGGAUUCACCAAACCCCUGCCCAUUCCACCAGAUCUUACUCCAGGGGCGAGUAACCAUGGCAUCAGCGUGGAGGAGAUUCCAGCAGACAGAAGGCAGCGCUUCCUGGACAGGCAAAAGAUGAUGGGUUAAAGAAGGAGGUUUAGGACCAAAACGCUGACUUUUUACAUGGAACGGCUGUUGUGCAGCGCCCCCUGUCGGAUUACAGAAGCCUCACACAAGGGUUGAAACUGCAUUGCAGUACUUUCUCUUCUAUUGGCUCAAAGUGAAUUGCAUGACACACAAGUAUUACUUUCCUGCUAUUUCCUAAGAAUUAGUUGUUGAAAUGUAAUUAUAUACUAGUUUUAAAGUAUAUAAUAACUUCUACCUUGACUGUGAUCCUGUACACUCAGAGUUCAGGAGACCAUUUGUGCAGUAAAGCAAAAAUUAACAUUUUUCCAUUUACAAAUUACAAUUGAAUAAACCAUUAUUGUUUGUAUUUGCAACAUUUCGACGAUGAUCAAUGUAAUUUACUCAUACAUCUUGCAUGAAUGUUACAUUUGUCCCAGCAUUCGUUUUUCCAGCCCAAAGAGAAAAGAAUGUGGGGCUUACACAGCUUUUUAUACUUCUUUAAUAUAUCUUUAAUAAUGAAUGAGCCAGCUCAUUUACAUGAACACUGGGAUGUGACUGGCGUGCCUAAACAGCUGUUUUCUUGGAAACUAGGACAAGACAAAUAGACACUGUGAUAAACACAUUUUCUCUGAUUUUGGUGAGAUGUUGUAUGUCAAUGUUCCAAAGAUCUUGCUGAUUUCUGAUAUUAUUAAAAGUAUAUAAUGAUCUACAGGCAAUGACCAACAAGUUUGGAGAAAAGAGACUGAAUUUUUACUGCUAUUCGGGAAAAUAGGGAAAAUAUUUUUCUUCGCAUACCCCAGUUGUCCGAAAGCUGGGGUCAGUCAGCCAUGACACACCACCUCAGGAGCAAUGAGGAUUAAGUGUCAUGCUCAAGGGCCCAGCAGUGGCACCUUGGCAAUACUAGGGCUUGAACCCAUGACCGUCCAAUCAGAAUCUUAGCACUGAGCUACCACUAGUUUAUUUAAUUUCUUUAAAAAAGCACCUAAACACAGUACAUAAAUGUUUAUCUGCUUACUAAAAGAUGUACCUCUUCUAUCUUCAUUGCCAUGUUAAUAGUAAUGCUGAUCUUCUUCCACCAGCUGCCAGCGGACCUCUGACAUUCAGCAACAGAUUCAGUGAACCAUUCUGCUACAUAUUAAACCAGAACACAGCAAAUACUUGUCCCAC